GACUCUUAUUAUUUAUGGGUGGGUAGAAGGAUAAGGUGUGAAGAGAGAGCAAAGAAUAAUGAUGGAGAGGGAGAAGAACAAGAGGCAUUUGGUGUUGAUAUAAGGUCGCUGAUUUGCUGAAAUCAAGUGGACACGAAUUCACAGCUCUAGACAUGGCUGCAUAUGGCAUCAAUCAAAAGCAGAAGGGCGAGCUUAAUUCGAUCACAGAAUAUUUUGAGCCAUUGAUGGAAUUUCUGCUGUCUUUGGCAGAAGAAGAGCAAGUAAUCCUUGUGGGUCAUAGCUUUGGUCGUCUAUGCAUAUCUGUAGCCAUGGAAUUGUUCCCUACCAAGAUUGCAGCUGCAGUAUUUGAUAAAACUCCAAGAGUUUCCAGGUGGCUUUGCUAGAAAGAAGAUGCAGGUUAUAUAUAGCCAGAGACGGAGUUGAAAUAAUUGUGUAAGAGUCACACCCCUUUAACAGAAAUUAAAUAAACGAGUUUGUUGGACAAACUACUGCGGUGUGCAAAGAUUCUCCAUAUUUAGGAUUGUUUACAAUCAUGUCUUUUAUGCACAGUAUGAAAUGAUUAUUAUACAACAAUGGACUUUCGAUUGGUUUUUCACCUU